GUAACCACGAUCUGUCUAUUGGUAUGGCAAUUCAAUUUAUUUUCUGGUUCUAGAUGACGAUCUGGGUACCAAAGACCUCGUUGUGUGCUAAACAAAGAAUUUCCAGCAGGGUAAUACUAGGUGGAUCUUGCCGUGCCUGUGGACGCCAACUGUAUAUUUUGAGACGACCCAGUACUUUCAAAAGGAUUUACCACUUCUACCAAUUCCACUACUCGAGAUAAGAUAUUAUGAUAAUCGAAUCCAUUGC